AUGAGGAAUAUCCAGUAUAAGUUAGAAGAUCAAGAGAACCGUAAUAGACGUAACAACUUGAGGAUAUGCGCACUUCCAGAGUCAGUCGGGAACAACCAUCAGCUCUUGGAAGGUUUAAUAAGGGCAGAAGUGAAAUCGAUCACCCUCUCGGAUCAUGCACCGGUUGUGGUUAGCUUGGAACUUAAAGAUAUACCGGAUAGGCAGAGAUCCUGGAGGUUGGACGGAUCAUUUCUAUACGACCAGGCCAUAGUGGAAGAUUUGGAAGGGGAACUGUCUCUCUUCUUUAUAGAGAACAAUAUAGAGAAUAUUGCACCAACUGUCUUGUGGGAAGCCCAUAAGGUCAGCUAUGGAGCCACCGAUUACUCAUUGAGUGACAGACUCCUUUACCCACAUGUAUUCAGGACCGUUCAGAAUGAUCAUGUCUGUUAUUUAGGAAUCACCAAACUAGUGAAACUUUUUGGCUGGAAUUGGGUUGGAAUACUUUUCUCAGAUGAUGAUACCGGAGAGACGGAGGCACAAAUUCUGAAGAGACAUUUGGCUUCCCAGGAGAUUUGUGUGGCUUUUGAAAAAAGAAUUACUGUAAAUUAUGCUGCAAUGGAUCAGUGGACAGACUCACUUCAUAAAGUAAAUUGUAAAGUUCUAAUACUUUGUGGUUCCUUCACAAGCAAUGCUGAAAAAUACAUUGUCGAAUACACUCGGAUCAACAAAGACAAUAUACUUAUCCUCCCCCCAGCCUGGACUUUAGAGAAAAUCAACUUAAUAACUUUGUACCAAAGUUUUAUAACAUGUUUGAAUUUUGAGUUUUCGAAUCUACCAAUUCUUAGAAAUACAAGUCUAUUUGAUGACGAUUUAUUGUCAAAACGUCCACAAGUUCAGCUUUUGUUGAAUGAUCUGAUCGUUACAUUAUACAAUAUAACAUCAACUCAAAAUGGAAAGAAUAUUUAUUUCCAAAAUGUUACCACUUCUAGUCACACGCUAAUAAGAUUCACUGUUUCAAUAUCUGGCAGACAAACGCUUUACGGAGAAUCUGUACAAGUGUAUUUUGCGGUAGAAGCGAUGGCUGAAGCUAUACAUUAUUUCACCAAGAUCAAUCGUAGUUUUAAUAUUAACAGAUUUAAGCAGUUGCAUAAAUAUGUGAAACAAAUAAAAAAUCCAUUCAAGAUCGCAGACAGAAUGACCUUCUUUGAUGACAACGGUGAAUUUCCUUUACAAUACACAAUAGCUAAUUGGAUGUGUGCUUUCGGUUCCAUACCAUCAAAAAGCUAUAUUGAUGUUGGUUUGUACACACCAUGGGCUAAAGAGGAAGACCAAAUUCAUAUUGACCCCAACGAAAUAAUAUGGAACCAAGGCAAUAAUAAGAAGCUGGAAUCUCGGUGUGCAGACACUUGUUUGCCGGGAUCCAGAAAAAAGCAAGGAUCAUCUAUCCACUCUUGCUGCUAUGGCUGUGUCCCAUGUUCAGAAGGACAGAUAUCUAAUACAACAGGGGAGCUGUAA